AUGGCCAUGGUCAACGCUGUUCCAUAUAAUUAUGUCCCAACUGCUCCGCGCCUCAAAAGCACAAUGCCUCGUUAUGGACCUACACAGAAACAAUUCAUGCCGAGUGAUAUAGAAGUUGAUAGCACGCGAAUAACAGCAGCCGUAGCAACAGCUUAUGAUGAAUGUUACAGACCAGAAAUUCUAGCUGGGGCACUCAAGGCCAAUGAUAUUCGAAGAGGCGAGUCGUACGCUUCCGAUUUUGCAUCAACUUCUGUUCUCGGCCUGAACAAGGAAAUUUAUGCCGCUGGCCAUGAAGCAUGGUACAAUAUCAAAAACGAUGACUUUGAGAAUAGGGGCGAUAGGGGGAAUGAAGGUGAUAGUAAGAAAAAAGGAAAGAAGCGGUGGCAUCCCGCCGAGAUUGAGAUUGACAGCGAUAACGAGAACGAUAUGGAUCCACGACCUGCAAAACAGCAAAAGCUUUCCUUCGCUGCUUACUGA